AUGAGAUUCAAUUCCGCCAGCCUUGGCUUUAUUUUAGCCGUUGCCCCAUCGGUUGUUCUUUCAAGUCCGAUGGCUCCAUUUUUGGCAAGGAGAUACGACAACUCUUCCAUUAUUGAAGUUACCAACUCCAGCUCUUUGACCACCACUUCUACCCUUACUGCAACUCACUAUGUGACCUUAGCAGAUGGAGAAACCAGCACUUACGAGGACACUUACCCAACCACCAUCACUAGUGCUUCAUCUCAGUCUUCGUCAGCAGCCUCAGACUCAUCAGAGAAUGCGGCUUCCGACAAUGAUAAGGAAGAUGAUAGUGUUGCUUCCCUUGAAACUUCUUCGUCUUCCGAUAUAUCUUCGAUAUUCUCAAGUUCGAGUGCUUCAUACUGUGAGCCAACAACUGUCACCGUUACUGUUGGUUUGAAUAGCAGCAAUGCGGUUCCUGUCACUUUGACCUCGUUCUCAACUCAGAUAACAACUUUGACCAUCCCAGUUACUGCCGUUGUCACUGCUACUGGCACAGAUGGCUCUCUAACAAAUGCCACUGCCACCACUGACGUCACCACGGUUUUGAACAACGUUGUUUCAAGCGAGUACACCUCGUAUUACCAGGCUAGCGGCUCCGAAUACACCACUAACUUAAGGGAGACUGUUUACCAAACCGUCACUGUUACAUCUUCAGCUUACGGUAACGGUACUGCCAGUUAUUACUACUCGCCUGCCACCGGUAUCUGA